CAAAUUCUGUACUUCGUAUCCGGAGCCAUCAACUCCCCGCAGUCAGACCGACCGAACUAACCCCGUGUCGGCCCACGGGGUAUUACGAAGUACAGUAGCAUCGGCCGUUCGAGGUGACAGUCGAGAGACUUCGUUGCGGACCUGAUCGACUGUGGAGUUAUCGUUGUCUUUCUUUUUCAGUUGCAGGGAGAAGAAUAUCAUCUUUUUCCCUCGUCGGACUUUCAGCAAAGACACAUUCAUUCUUGGCCAUCUCUCUCCCACCUGAUAACAAUAUACUUAUCUUCCCGACCGGAACCCCUCCAUCCCACCGCCCACCCGCAGUAUGGUAGAAAACGUUCUGGACGAUAUCUCUCACCGCAGAUACAAUCCUCUGCGGGGUUCCUAUAUCCUCGUGUCCCCGCAUCGCACGAAGCGACCUUGGCAAGGACAGCAGGAGAGCCCCUCCAAGACAACCCUCCCCAGCUACGACCCCUCGUGUUAUCUCUGCCCGGGAAACAAGCGUGCGCAGGGCGAUACCAACCCCAAAUAUGAAAGCACAUUUGUCUUCGUGAACGACUACAGUGCGGUGAAGGAGGAGCAGGCACCGUACGAACCGAACAGUGAGGAUGGCAGCCCGGAAUCGCUAUUCUUGAAGGCAGAGCCCGUAACGGGCAAAUGCUACGUCCUGACUUUCUCAGCUGCCCACAACCUGACGUUGGCUGAUCUCUCUCCGGUCGAAAUUCUACCCGUCAUCAAUGCGUGGACCGAAAUCUACAGAGCGCAUUUGUCCCCCAAGUCCCCUCUCGCCUCCGUGGCCUCUCCGGAUGCUCCGACAACACUCAUUAGCAGGCCAAAGCAACAGUACCGAUAUAUGCAGAUCUUUGAGAAUAAGGGUGCUGCUAUGGGUUGCUCGAACCCGCACCCUCACGGACAAGUCUGGACCACCAGCAGUCUGCCCGAGGAGCCAGCACUAGAGCUUGAGCAGCUGAAGAAAUACCGUCGUGAGAGAGGUGGGAAGCAUCUACUACAGGAUUACGCCGCUUUGGAGAGCGAAAAGAAAGAGCGUGUAGUGUUUGAGAACGACUCCUUCCUGGUGUUGUGCCCAUGGUGGGCAACCUGGCCGUUCGAGACGAUGAUUAUCAGCAAGAAGCACAAGCGCGCGCUCGUGGACUUGGACACUAACGAGAAGGGACACCUGGCUGAAGCUAUCGCUGAGAUUACGCGGCGUUAUGACAACCUCUUUGAGACGCAUUUCCCUUACAGCAUGGGUAUUCACCAAGCGCCACUGGAGGGCACGGAAGAGGAGAUCGAGUCUUCGUAUCUACACCUUCACUUUUACCCUCCACUGCUCCGCAGUGCGACCGUCCGGAAGUUUCUGGUUGGAUAUGAAAUGAUGGCCGAGCCCCAACGCGACAUCACCCCCGAACAAGCGGUAGCGAGACUGCGCAAUUGCGGAGGAGAGUUGUACAGAAAGAAACUCUAGGGAUCAACUGCUCUGUUGGGAAGGCUUUGUUUUUAUACCUCUGAAGGAGCGCUCGGUGCAUGGCAUAAAAUAUACGCUAGAUACUGUACAUGGGUAUCGU